AUGCCCAGGGGUGUUAACCGUAACCGUAACCGGUCUGCAUUUUCCCCAGAAGUCAAAAGACCAGACCGGACCGCCAAUAUUUUAAAAUUAUUAAUCGGUAAAUUUAUUAACAUUUUUAAUAGCUUCAAAACGAGCCCAAGAACGUUAAAUUCCGUUAGGAAUUGGUGCUUCUAUAAAAUAAGUCUGGUACAUCUAUUAUUCCCCAAAGUCCUUCGAGGACCAACCGACUGGUCACGCUUCGAGUUCUACGCCAAACGCGUUAAAAACUUCAGCUACAUCCGUGACCCAGACCACCUCGACAUAGCCCUACACGUCUACUUCCGCAUCGCCCAACUUCGAGCCUCACCCAUCCUCUUCCCCUCCCUCCAACACAUCCGCUGUCCAUCCAUCAGCUCAAACGAUUUCCUGAUCUCCGGCAUAUGUCUCUUUCUCUCCCCGUCUUUGGUAGCAGUGGAGAUGGGGUUGGUGAAGAUUAUACUGAGGGGAGAGGGGCUGGGGAAGGAGACAAUGUCGCUAAUACCUCGUUUUGGGAGGCUGAGGGUAUUGGAACUUGGAGGUAUGGGCAAAUCUCUGAGAUUGCCGUCGUUGGAACGCGUUGGGGCACUGUCGGCGCUUACAGGCCUCGAAGUGGACUUUAUAAACUCACCAAUACCCCCCUUGGCGAAUACCGUAGGCUUCAGACACCUAAGGAGUCUAUGCAUCUCCGCAUCGCUCCCAUUCAUCCAAUCGUUCGCUGUCAACAUAUCAACGGACCAACUAGACACCUUUGUCUGCCUUUCACCUCCUGAACCAGGGUUCGACAUGAAACUCUUGGUUGAGGACGUCGUUUCGCGCUGGUCUAGCUCCUUACGAUGUUUCGGGCUCAGACUAACACCGGAGGACACGGAGGCGGAAGAGUUACCUCUCGACACGUUAAAGCCUUUAUUCCCUUUACAGAACCUCCGCACGCUCAGUCUACGUGGAUACCUUAUGGACAUCAGCGAUGACCUGAUAAAAGAGUGGGCGAAGACCUGGCCAAACUUGAACGACCUCCUCCUCCCGUUCCUCCCUCCCACUCGUGUGCGGCCGAGGAUGAAGUCUCUUUGA